CGUGACGUCACACUGUCGGUUGAGCGAAGAAGGAAAGAGUCCAACUUCCGGUAUGAUGCGCUGAACAGGGACCACAGAACAUAACUGCAAGGAAAAUGCGGUAGGCUGUUGUCAUAACUGAAAGAGAAAUUAAAACACAGCACAUCUCAGUGCUAACUUUACGACUUUUAAAUAAAUGUGGCAUAUGGUUAAGUUAUAUGGCCUAAGGGCUUUGUGACGGAAGUAAUCGGGUUAGCUGAUCAGUCAUCGAUCGAUCGAUCGGUAUUAGGGAGUGCGCGAGCUCUGCGCGCGGUUGAACAUGGGGACGAGAUCGAGCCGUUUACACGAGGAGGCUGCUUCGACACCUUUUGAUAAAGAUGGCAUCAAGAGAGAGUCCUGUCGACGAAUCCGAAGCACCAGGCCCACUAGCCUCAUGGUGGAGUUCUCCGGGAGUUUCGACCAUGACUCGGAGACGAACCGCAGCCGGUCGGAAGAGGGCAGCGACUCGGAUACCGGGCAGCAGGCGAGCAGCGACGGCAGCCCCGCCGACAGCCACAUGUCCCCGUCUCUGAGCAGCCAGGCCACGCCGACGGACGAGAACGGGGCCGAGGAGAAACGCGAGGAGGAUGGCAGUCCAGGAGGCCCUGUGAGCAGGGAGGAAAUAGGCCGUGCACCGCAGCGCACUUUCUCGGAGCGUUUGCCCGGUGGUCGCCAUUCUUCCGCCAGCGGCGUCACAGGCAGGUCCGCCCGGGUGAGGGGGACUCACGCCCGGCCAGUGUCUGAGGCGUGGAUCGGCCUCUACAGGGUCAACAACCGCCACGGUGCUAUUCGGUGUCCCUUCUGCACCAAGCCAUUCCCUGGAGGGCGAAUAGAGGACCAUCUUCUAAGUUGUCUGACUUCUCCACCUCUCCCUUAUAACACUGAUGUGCUAGCUAAGGACAGUGGAGAGUGUUCAAUCUGUCUCGAAGACCUGCUACAAGGGGAAACCAUUGCUCGACUGGCCUGCCUGUGUGUCUACCAUAAGAGCUGCAUUGACACAUGGAGCAAAGUGAAGCCAUGCUGCCCUGAGCAUCCUUUUGAUUGAUUCAUGUCUUCACGUGCAGUGACACUUUGACUCAGGAGACAAUACCCCCUUGCAGGAGCAUAUAUUUUCUGAUGAGUGGAUUGAGAGAAAGACACAAAGGAACAAAAACAAAUAACAAGCAUCAACACUUGUGGUCAGAUUAAUCAGUCUGGCCUUGAGUGAGCCUGGCUUUAACUAUCUGAUGUGAUUCUUGAGACUUGGCUUUUCUCUGCUCUACAGCACCUGCGUGAACGGCGGGCUUGCUCUGCUUGCCUUUCCUCUCUCAACUCUUUUCUUUAAAGCUCAGAGUGAAACUUGUAAACUGAACAGAACUUUGUAAAAGAAACAUGUAAAUGGUGAGAAGUUACACAUGGAUCGCCUCUUCAUGGACAUCUUGAUCUCCCGGAGGGAUGGUGUUCUUCUUACCAUGGAAACGUGGCGAUCUGUAAUUUAUGCCAGGCUUAGCGUUUGGUUUUGUGCAGCCUGCUGGGGUUGCGUUGGCUUGAAUUAACUACUUGAUUUUGUAGAGUGUGUUGGGAAGAUCCCGGAUGGAAAGCAAAUGAGUUGUACAUGCGUAAAUAUUGCACAGGAUUACAUAUGAUUGAAGGCAUGAUGAUUUAUAUUUUUGGGGGAUAAUCUUUUACCCUUUUCUGUUUUUGUUACUGUAGGAACAUCCAAAAGGCAGAGUGAAAUUUCCAAUAGAUUGGUUCGAUUUAAACUACCAUGAAUAGUGAUUUUAUCCAUCAUUGAGGCAAAACUCCCUCUCGUUACCACAUCAAGCUCUUUUAACCUCUUGAUCUGAUUGCUUUUACUCAGUUGAACUGUAUAUUGUUAACAGAUCAGAGCGAUACUUCCACUAGUUAGGACAAUAGAUGUUAUUGGUUGCAGUGAAGUGCGUGUGUUCAAGUGUGUACUCGAAUGCCAAAGAUUUUGACACUGAUGAACUGACAGCAUGUACUACUCUUGGAGGGAAGGUUUGUGAAAUUGCCUCUUUGCAUCUCAGACAUAGUAGCCUAGAGAAAUCCUGUCACUUUACACUCUUUACACCAGGCCUCCUCUACGUUGAAUGAGGCAUCUGUGGUGCGGAGAUGUAUGUCAGGCACAGUAAUGCCAUAUGGCACUUACUUUGCCUGAGGAUGGCAAUUGUGAACGGCUGAUGGGUAAUGAUGGGAAAGAACAAUGGAAUAAAUAUGAUGGAAAGGUAAUCGUUUUUUUUUUUUUUUU